AUUUAAUCAACAAAAAGUACUCGAUAUUAGAACUUCUGGUCAAUGAGAAGCCAAUGAGUGUGAAGGUCAUCGCUGCUUCUCCCCAUUUUUAGGUCAACAUAGACAGCCCCUGAUUGAUUUUGUGUCUAUCUUUUUAGGGUUUAUCACAUCCAAGAAGAUACAGCAUAUCACACACCCAAUCAUACACUUGAUUCAUCUGUUUUCUUCAUCUGGGUGACCCGCUAUAUUCUCUUUCCCGUGUAGAAGUGAUUGUGAUUUUUUACAUGUUUUUUUUGUUUCCCAGUGUUGGAGUCACUGAGUUGUUCAAAUGGGAGUAUCAUCUGGAUCUAAUACCCAGAACCAACCUUCACCUAAUAUGUUGCCUCCACGCCAAUUCCCGGGGCCAAGUGGGCUGCAUCCAUCUUUGUUCCUAGCUGCUUCAGUUGGACAAUCAUCAAUGGAUAGUCGAGAUCGCAGACCAAAUUCAGAUCGUGUUCGUGACUCCCCUACUGAGAGUGCCAGUUCCCAAGAAACUUGGCCCACUGCUAAAUCCAUUAUGGAAAAGAGAAAGGAGAGUGAAAAAGCAGAUAAUGAUUAUCCCAAACCAUCAGUUGUUCGUCGAUUUUCUGAUUCGGAUAAGAUUUCUCUUCGGGAUAUAGCAAGUGAAAGAGUAGAUGUAAUUUCUGAAAAAAUGCAACUUAUUCCUGAUGAAUAUCUGGACGAUUUGAAGGGAAGGCUUCGUGGAAUACUUGAUGGAAGCGGUGGUUCCCAACACAGAGAGGAAUUUAUGAUGCUGCAGAAGCUUGUACAAAGUAGGUCUGAUUUGACAGCUAAAACAUUGAUAAGGUCACACCGAGUACAACUGGAGAUUAUCGUGGCUAUCAAUACAGGAAUUCAAGCAUUCCUGCAUCCAAAUGUAAGUCUAUCACAGACAUCCCUGAUUGAGGUUUUUGUGUAUAAGCGUUGCAGAAAUAUAGCGUGCCAAAACCAGCUACCUGCAGAUGACUGUACUUGUGAACUAUGCAUGAACAGAAAAGGUUUUUGCAAUCUCUGCAUGUGUGUAGUCUGUAACAGAUUCGACUUUGAAGUAAAUACAUGUCGUUGGAUUGGUUGCGAUGUGUGUUCUCAUUGGACUCAUACAGACUGUGCUAUUCGCAAUAAACAAAUAUCCAUGGGAUCCUCUUCAAAGAUGGGAUCUGGUUCAGCUGAAAUGGUUUUCCAUUGUCGAGCUUGUAAUCGGAUGUCUGAGCUUUUGGGAUGGGUUAAAGAUGUUUUUCAACAUUGUGCUCCCACCUGGGAUAGGGAAGCUUUGAUGAGGGAACUUGAUUUUGUGAGCAGGAUCUUCCGUGGAAGUGAGGAUCCUAAAGGGAGGAAACUUUUCUUGAAGUGUGAGGAGCUUGUUGAUAAAUUGAAGAAUGGGAUAACUGAGUCAUUAGCAUGCAGAGCGAUAUUAAUGUUCUUCCAAGAGCUUGAGAUGGACUCUCUAAAGAACAUAGAAUCUGGGGAAGGUGCACGGAUGAUAGCCCCACAUGAGGCAUGCAAUAAAAUUGCUGACGUGGUUCAUGAAGCCGUACAAAAAAUGGAAAUGGUGGCUGAUGAGAAAAUGAGGUUGCUUAAAAAGGCACGCCUUAGUCUCGAGGUUUCUGAUCGUGAGCUUGCGGACAAGGCUAGGGAGGUGGCAGAGUUGAAGCUGGAAAAGCACCGGAAAAAGCAACAGAUAGAUGAGUUGGAGAGUAUUGUUAGGCUUAAGCAGGCUGAGGCUGAUAUGUUUCAGCUUAAGGCUGAUGAGGCGAGGCGUGAGGCAGAGAUGCUACAGAGCAUUGCUCUUGCCAGAUCAGAAAAAUCAGAAGAUUAUGCGAGCAGAUACCUGAAACAGCGUUUAAGUGAGGCUGAGGCUGAGAGGCAAUAUCUUUUUGAGAAGAUUAAGCUGCAGGAAGGUUUGCAUGCACCAGAGAGCAGUGGUGCUGGUGACCCUUCUCCUUCUCCGGCCCCCAUGUUGUCAAAAAUCCAGGAUUUGCUAAAAAAUGUUUACAGUGUUCCCCCAAACUCAGAAAGCCAACCAAGUGAACGUCUCCCUUCUAGGAAAUAUCCAUAGAUGCAUCUCAAUAUCGUGUCUACAUUUCCCUGGGAAUCUCAAGAUUCUUUCGUUGCUACUUGCUAGUACAUGAUUGUAUUACAAGUAAAAUCAUGUCAGCGGAAGAUGUUUAAUUCUACAUUGAACUAUGUUUGCUUUAUAUGUAUUUUAGUUGAUACCUUUACUCACAAGAAAGUUACAUAUCUCGGGAGUUGGGAGUUCUAAUACUUUUCCUGGAAGAAAUGUUGAUUAUCUGUGAAAAAGACAGGGAUUUUUAGCUUCA